CUGGCACGGCUGCUGUGCGGCGCAGAGACCCCAAACCCCCUCUGGAUCUCGGGCACGGUUCUGUCCUGGGUGAGCUCGCAGCUGGCCAUGGCCGGGGCUCCAGCGUGCUGGGUGGAGAAGAUUCCUUGCCCAGGCUGACCCAGCCAGCACAGCCUCUCUCCAGAGUCCCGAGGAGCCGGGGAAGAGGAGAGCUUGACAGAAACAAGGGCUGUGGGAGGAUGAGGGGAGCAAGCCAAGUGCACUGGAGUCCCACUGUGCCGGGACUGGGUCAUGGACCAGCAUCUCCCAGCAGUGGCUCUCCUGGGGCUGCUGUGAGGGCUCUGCUAGGACCAUCUGGGAGCCCUUCCCUGUUGUAAAACAGGUUUGCAGGAUGCCUGUGCUCAUUAACUUUAUCAGCUCUGUCUUCCUGGGCUGAAAGACUGGGCAGUGUGAGGAGAGGGCACAGGAUCAGGCCUUGCCACUGCUGUGCCUGGGGAGGAGCGGGGCAGCCGUAGAGGCUCUGUGGGUGCCCGUUUGUGGCUGUCUCAUGUGGUAUCUGGGUGCUGCAGGCCUCUGCGAGCUCUGAUAGGGCCCUAUCGCUGUCAGGGCAGUGCACUGGUGGGUUCCAGUCCUUCUGCCCUGGGUACAGGUAGCUCAAGACUUCAUUCCUGGGGGGGGAUCCCUCCCUGGCAUUGGGGACCAGAGACUUGGGGACGAGAGAUGGGUGCUGCUGUGUGCUGGUGUGGAGCCUGCUGGCUCCUGUCCCCAGUCCUCACCUCUCUCUGCCUUGCAGCAUCUCUGCCCUUCAUCAUCCUGACUCUGGUGAACUCCCCAUACAAGCGAGGCUUCUACUGCAACGAUGACUCCAUCCGCUACCCCUACAAGGCAGACACCAUCACGCACGGCCUCAUGGCCGGGGUCACCAUCAGCUGCACUGUUGUCAUUAUCUCAUCAGGGGAGGCGUACCUGGUCUACACUGAGCGUCUCUACUCCAAGUCAGAAUUCAACAACUACCUGGCUGCCCUCUACAAGGUGGUUGGGACCUUUCUCUUCGGAGGGGCCAUCAGCCAGUCCUUGACCGACCUGGCCAAAUAUAUGAUCGGCCGUCUCCGGCCAAACUUCCUGGCUGUCUGCAAUCCUGACUGGUCCAAGGUGAACUGCUCCAUCUAUGUGCAGCUGGAGAAUGUCUGCCAGGGAGAGAGCAGGAACAUCACUGAGUCCAGACUGUCCUUCUACUCGGGACACUCUUCCUUUGGGAUGUACUGCAUGAUGUUCCUGGCGCUCUACGUGCAGGCCCGGCUGGUGGGGAAGUGGGCCCGGUUGCUGCGUCCCACCAUCCAGUUCUUCCUCAUCGCCUUCGCCAUCUACGUGGGCUACACCCGAGUGUCCGACUACAAGCACCACUGGAGCGACGUGCUGGUGGGGCUGCUGCAGGGGGCUCUCAUUGCCGUCCUCAUUGUCCACUACGUCUCCGACUUCUUCAAGCACCGUCCCCCUCGGCAGUGUGAGGAGAAGGACCCGGAGCGCAAGCCCAGCCUGCCCCUCACGCUGAGCGACCCCGAGCACAAUCACUACAGCUACCGGGGCGCCCCGUGAGCCCGGGCUGCACAGCUGCCCCUGGCCGUGCUCCUGGCUCUGGGGACAGGGACACUGGCUCUGUAUUAACCAUUGGCCCCACGGCUCCGGUGCCUCUGGCUGACACAAGUGGGACAGCCCUGCCUGGCUCCCCGUGCCCGUGCUGCUGCCGGUACCCGGUGCUGCCUGUGGGAAGGGGAUGUCCUCACCCCAAGGCUGCUGUCCCAGCCCUCCGUGCGGCGGAAGGGAGGGAGGGGAGGGUGGCACGUGGGGGUGGAUUUAUUGGGCUGGCAAAGCACACUGAGCGAAGAGCAAACUCCUUGGGAAGUCUGAGAUUGCCUGGGCCGAGUGUGUGUUGUCCCUGUCAAAUUAUCCAGCCAUACAAGUAUAAAUCCUCACAGGCACAGAGGGAGGAGGACAGCUGCUGGGCUAGCUAUACUUUUUUGGAAAGGAUUAAAGCAAUCCAGAGCUCUUCUCUGCUCCAUUGAUUACCUUUAAGAGCAGUCCUGCCCGCCAGCAGCUGCUGUGAGCAAAGGGUGCCUGGGCAGGCUCUUCUCUGGCUGUGCCCAAUUCUGCAGUGCUGGGAGCCAGAGCUCUUUGCUCCCUGCCUGCUUCACACCUGGCUUGGGCAAAGGGAUGCUCCAGCCUUUGUCCCUCCUGCAGCUUCAGCUGAUGCUUUAGGGUGUGUGGUGGGGCUAGGGAGAUAUUUUCUGUGGUAAAGGAAAAUAAGUGGGGAUGUGGAGCUGUCCAAAUGUCCUGGGAAUGUGGGAGCAAUGGGUACAGAGCAGUCCCAUCAUGGACACGUGGCUGCCUCCAGCACUGGAGUGCUGUGGGUCUCUUUUUAAAAUACAUGCAUUUUCAUUAUGAUGAUGUUUUUAAAUUAGAUCAUCCUUAAA